ACCUCGCAAUGAAAUAAUGAAGGAAAACCUAUUUUGUUAUAGAUUUCAAGAAAAUAAAUCUUAGUAGUGGCACGCUUCAAUCGUCUUUGUGCCUUGUUACUGCUAUCUGGGGGAUUUUUUUUCCCUCGAGCGACGUGACGGGCGAGUCAGUCAUCCGUCAUGCGUCUGCUAGUCUAACCUGCAAUUGAUUGUGUGGUACAUUUUGAUUCUACGUGUUUCACCUCCGUUACAAUCCACAGAUUGAUUUAUGAAGAAUGGCAACCAAAACGAAAACGACGGAAAAGCACGGCGCUAACGGAGCACACAAAGGGCCUGCCCUGGAGUCUGCUUGGAUUAGGGCCUUUAAAUCGGAAUCCGAGUGGCCGGACAAGGAUGAAUUUUUAGAUGUAGUAUAUUGGGCGAGACAGCUUUUGGGCAUCGCCAUUGGAGUAUUAUGGGGCCUUGUGCCUCUCAAAGGAUUUGUUGCCCUCGUUCUGUUUGCCCUUGUGAAUGCAGGUAUUCUGUAUGUGUAUUGCACAAGCUUUCAGAAGGUUGAUGAAGAAGAGUAUGGUGGAGCAUGGGAGCUUACAAAGGAAGGGUUUAUGACUUCAUUUGCUGGAUUUUUGGUGACCUGGAUUAUCAUUUACACUGGACUUCACUCAGAUACAAGACUUGGAUUAUAGUAAUUAUUGUUCAAUUAUAGAGAAUAUGCUCACCAAAUGUAAUCGAAGCAGCGCAUGAUUCUCAGAGGCCAAAGUUUUUUGUGCUCAAAUACUCAUUCCUGAAAUGAAGUCUGUUUCAAUUUUUCAAUUGAAAUUAGUCAUCUGAUUUUUUAUGAACACAUGGUUUUGUUGUGUGACAGCAAACUAGUGGUAUGGCGGUAUUUAAAUACUGUUAACUGUUAUUGAUUGGUUGUUUCAUGCACUUUUAUGGUAAUGCAGCACUAAAGACAAAUCUGUUUAGAGUUUGGCCAGAUUGUAAGGUUUCUUUGAACUAAAACUGCUCGACAGUGGUGUUGUGUUUGUGUUCUCUGUGGCUCUGCGUAAAUGUGAAGACUGCAUCAAGUCAUUGUAGUCAUAUUCAAACAGACUGUUACCCUUUUCUUCUUUCUUUUUUUAAAAAAUGUUUUCGUAUUUUAUUUAUGAUUUUGAAAAAACCAUUGUUACAAUAGGUGCUUUGAAUUAAAGACUGCUAUUCAGUCCAAAAUUUGUACAAUAUUUGUAAUAAAUUUUACGGCUACAAAA